AUGUCCUGCUACCGGCUCCCAGGAAAGAGGAUGCUGUACACAGGCCCUGACUAUAAGACAGAUUACAGGCCAAAACCUCCUGAUUGCACCAGAUAUACUGGAGAAGGGAUGCCAUCUGCCGAAAACACCAGUGAUGUGGAGUAUCUGUGUCGGCCUGCACCAAGCACUCCGGCCCCGCUGCCUAAAGACUGUUACGUAGGUGGAAUAGGCUGGGGAGUGUCUGAGUUCAGCUUCCUAAACAGAAGUCAGAUAUGUAGUAAUCAUCAGAUCAAGAUUGGCGAAUUCCGUAGAGACUGUGAAGAUAAAAUAACUCACAGAUAUCAAAAUCCUUGGUAA